AUGGCAGGCCCAAUACUGGGUAUUCUUGCAUUGCGGUGGCAAAUGCAGGGUAUCCGGGAUGCCAAUCAUCUCGCAAUCAUCGACGACAAACUCAAGCACGACAGCAUCUCCACCGUCGAUUUCCCUACACCGAAUACCGAUAUACUCCCUGUGCGAGAGGAGGACGAGGAUGAGCUUCUGGCAGCGGGUAGAGACGAAAACAUAAACAGCAGCAUCCAUUUUGCUACACCUACGUAUACUGCGAAUUCUGCCAGCAAUUCCAAGCCAGAGCUAUCCAGACGACAGAGCUUGCUGCCAUCUCAACAGACAAGACUGAUCAAGACCCUCCUGGAGACCGACCUGCCCUCGCAAUCGCGAGCUGCGACCCUCGAUUACUUCACCAACCAAGGUCCUUCUACGAUAAGUGCCAACAUGGUGAGCAGGAAGAUAUGGGUCAAGCGCCCUGGUGCAUCGGCAACUCUGGUUACGAUUAAUGAGGACGAUUUGGUGGACGAUGUGCGAGACAUGAUCUUGAAGAAAUAUGCCAAUUCUCUGGGACGAAGCUUUGACUCGCCGGACGUCACUCUGAGAAUUAUACCCCGAGAGCAAAGGCAGGAGAGGACUCUGGGACCAGAAGAGCCAAUGAGCAGAACUCUGGAUGCCUAUUUCCCUGGAGGUCAGACUGUGGAAGAAGCUUUGAUCAUUGAUGUCCCUCUACGGAGAACACCCAAGCCAAGUCCUCAACCCCAAAAUCGAUAUUACGAUGAGCAACGACCAGUAGAGACAGGAUCGGACUAUUUUCCUCCCAUGCCAAUGCCUGCAACGUCUUCACCACAUCUCCCAGCUGCCCUACCCGGUGUCAAUGGCCAAGCUGCUAACCACCAUCCGGCGUUGACAACACAUUCUAUGUCUGUCUUGACCACUGGCCAUGUUCCGGCACUUCCUUCUCCAGGCAGUACUGCUAGGCGGCAUCACCGGGAAAGACCUCGCAUUGGACGCCAGCAUACUUCUUCACCUACGGUUAUCAAUGGCUCCAUGCCACAGCCAGCAGUGAACAACGGUAUGCAAGCAACGUAUGGGAGAACGCGAUCAAGAACUCACUCCAGUGCCUCAGAACAUUCGACUGCUCCUCCAGCGGCCCCUCCUUUACCUACCCCUCCUGCACCAUCAGUCCAACCUCACGACCUAGCAUCACAGAUCCAACGUGUUGCAACACCACCACCUCGAAUCUCUUCACCACGUCCAUUCAACCGAGCGAAGAAGUUGAAGAAAGCCAACGGCGACCAUCCAUCUCUUCCAGCCGGCAUGCUCAAUGGUGCUGUUCCUCCAAUCAAUGUUUUGAUCGUGGAAGAUAACAUCAUCAAUCUAAAACUUCUCGAAGCUUUCAUGAAGAGAUUAAAAGUCCGAUGGCAAACGGCGAUGAAUGGCCGAGAAGCAGUCAACAAAUGGAGAGCAGGAGGCUUCCAUUUAGUGCUUAUGGAUAUUCAACUUCCUAUCAUGAGCGGUCUUGAAGCCACGAAAGAGAUUAGGCGGUUGGAGAGACUUAAUUCAAUAGGCGUAUUCAGUAGCAGUGCGUCGUCGACAGCUCCAGAGCAAGGACCAGAUGAGCCAUCUGGAGAAGACAAGCUACCCAGUACGGUGCUAUUCAAAAGUCCAGUCAUCAUUGUGGCUCUUACUGCCUCGUCAUUGCAAUCUGAUCGUCAUGAGGCCUUGGCGGCGGGUUGCAAUGACUUCUUGACAAAGCCUGUCAACUUCGUCUGGCUAGAACGGAAAGUCAUGGAAUGGGGGUGCAUGCAAGCUCUAAUAGACUUUGACGGCUGGCGAAAAUGGAAAGACUUUUCUCAGCAGGGCAACCAUGAACCCGAGAAAGAGAAGGCUGGGAAAUCAAUCACAGCAGCGAAGAAGAAGAAAGCGAACAGAACGAGUCUGGGAAGCAAUCCGGGAGGGAGCACGAGUAGGCUUGCUGUUCACGAAGAGGGCCCAGAGACGGUUGCUGUCUCCUAA